AUGGCUGUGAAGACGGACAUGAGCAAGGCGUACGAUAGGAUCGAAUGGGAUUUUCUCCUGGAAGUUCUUACCCGAUUCGGCUUCCAUGCCAUAUGGAUCACGUGGAUCAUGGAGUGUGUUACCACAGUCUCUUACUCCUUUCUCAUUAAUGGAGCAGCCCAGGGUUGGGUCACACCCUCGAGAGGCCUGAGACAAGGAGACCCGCUGUCACCUUACCUUUUCAUCCUUUUUUCGGAGGUCUUUUCCGGUUUAUGCAGAAACGCACAAGAAAAGGGAGAAUUGAUCGGCGUCAAAGUGGCUCAAAACUGUCCCGCCAUAAACCACCUACUUUUUACGGAUGAUACCAUGUUCUUUCUACGCUCCAACCCGUCCAGCCGUACCACCUUCCUCAAGAUAUUGCGACUGUACGAAGAGGCUUUGGGUCAAUGCAUAAACCGUGGUAAAUCCUCUGUUACUUUCUCCUCCAAAACUCCCCCGGAGGUGAAAGAUCGUGUCAAAGCAUGUCUGCGUAUUGAGAAAGAAGGAGGUACCAGGAAGUACCUUCGACUCCCGGAACACUUUGGAAGAAGGAAACGCGACAUCUUUACAAGCAUUGUGGACAGAAUCCGACAAAAAUCUCAUAGCUGGUAUAGUCGCUAUCUCUCGGGUGCAGGGAAACUUAUUCUCCUCAAAUCAGUCUUGGCAGCCCUCCCCACCUAUGCAAUGUAUUGUUUUAAACUCCUGCUAUCCCUGUGUAAACAGAUACAAUCCGCGUUGACUAGGUUUUGGUGGGAUCUGUCAUCGGAAGUUCGGAAAAUGGCUUCUUGGAAACGGCUUACCCUCCCGAAGAGUUGCGGUGGUCUAGGCUUCAGGGAAAUAGAACAAUUUAAUGAUGCGCUUCUUGCCAAAAUCACCUGGAGAAUCCUCAGUAACCCAGAGUCUUUACUAGCGCAAACCCUGCUGGGCAAAUACUGCCUCCAUGAUCUACUCAUGACGUUGAAUGCGUCAAGCUCUUGCUCCCAUGGGUGGCGAGGAGUACUUGUGGGAAGAGAAGUUCUGCGUAAGGGGAUGAGUUGGAUUGUCGGCAUUGGUUCCAGCAUCAAUGUAUGGACAGACCCAUGGCUCUCCUUAGACCGCCCCUUGUCACCAAAUGGCCCCCCAACAUCAGCGAAUAUCGUUCUCUUAGUUGCUGAUCUGAUCCAUCCCGUUACAGGAGAGUGGAACCUGGCAGCCAUCCGAUCUCACCUCCCUCAUUAUGAGGAUCUGAUCAAAAAAAUUGUUCUAAGCUCUUGCGGUAUGUCGGACUCCUUGGUGUGGUUACCUGAGAAAUCAGGAACUUACUCUACUAAAACCGGCUAUGCCCUCACAAAACUCAAUGUUGAUGCGGGAAUGUUGGAUGACUUUGACUGGAAGAAAUGUGUUUGGCAGGUGAAGACUUCUCCAAAGAUUCAACACUUCUUAUGGAAAACCAAAAACAGAAUACUACCUGUUGGUUCUGUUCUCCAAGAAAGAGGCAUGGGAGUCGAUCCAAACUGCAAGAGGUGCGGUGCCCUAGAGACUCCACUUCACGUCCUCCUUAUGUGCCCUUAUGCGACAAGUGUUUGGGAGGAGACGUCGGGAAUCUACAAACCGGACAGUACAACUGUCACCUCUAUACCACUUCUCGUCCAAACAUGUCGUCGAAUGAUAACUCUACCCCCUACAGGUCUUGGGGAUGUGACUCUAUACCCAUGGACGUUGUGGAACCUGUGGACAAACCGUAACAAACUCCUCUUCGAGGAUAAAAAUUUCUCUGUUGAAGAGACAAUACUUAAAUCAGUUCAAGAUGCUCGAAAGUGGAAAGAAGCGCAGGAUUCCCUCCCAAAGAAAACGUUAUCACAAAGUGUGAUGCGGCAUGGAGUCACACCUCCCACUGAUGUGGUGGUCCACAAGACAGAUGAUGUUUCAGACUAUGUCUACUCGUCUCACCGCCGAAAUGUUACCUCUGCCCUUGUAGCGGAGGCAUUGGCGAUCAAGGCUGCCAUUGCUUGGGUAGCUGCGUCUUCAUCCCUGAAUCAACGUCCAGUCGUGGUUCUCUCGGAUGCGAAGGUCCUCGUCGAUCUUCUCAAUGCGAAGAAGGUUGACGUCAAGCUCCAAAGUGCUCUCUAUGACAUUUAUGCUCUAGCUAGACACUUGGUUUCUAUCUCCUUUAAGUUUAUUCCCCGCUUAGAAAACUUUGUUGCUGAUUUGGUGGCAAAAUCAGCUUUGUUUAAUUUUGUAAAAUCCUCCAUCAUGGAGUAA